CUGCUCUCAUGGACGCUGGCCUCUUUUUUUCUUUUUAUUACUGAGGCUCGAGGUUGAAGCCGGGAGUUUAUCUGUCAGUCAGUUUCAUUUAAACUGGUUCUGAAUGGUGGAUCACGCUGUUCCUGCGCGUACAAACGCUCCCAUUGGAUUUUACGCACACGCCACUAGAGGAAAGCAUCAGGAAAGCACGCUUGGUGGCGUUUUCUCCUCUUUAACAGAAAGCAGCAGGUGUAAAAGUGCCAACUCGGUAAUCAUUCCUAAUUCUAAGGUAAUUAUUACCCCUGGCGACACUGCGGACGUGUUGUGCCAAAAUGUUUCCGCGGUUUCCCUGGCGGCGCCCCUGCGUUUCCAAGCCAGGACUGUGGACUGUGUGCCUGGUUCUCCAACGACUCCAGCAUUUCACUGGAUUAUAACAGAGGAAAAUAACCUGCUAACAGUAACAGUUGUGUCAUUAAUGAAGGUCACUUGCGUUGUGAUACUCGUAUUUUAAGAAAGCCAAAGGCAGAGAAGGCGUUGACACCGCGCACAGAACCCUUUAUCAGUAGAUACGCAUUUCCGAGUAGCGCACAGUGAUGCCGCGUCGGAUCCGCGUCCUGCUGCUGCUCCUGCACCUGGCCGUGCUGCUGCUGGGCUGGGCGGCCGGGGUGGGCCGGGUACGAAAGAAGGCCACCAGGACCCGGGCUUGCCAGGACCUGCCGGAGGAGAUCUUGGAGCAGAUGUUCGGGCGUCUCUCGGUGGGAGUGAUGAGCGCUUUCCACCACGCCCUGCAGCUGGAGCCGCAGGACAAACUCAACCGGAGCUGCCCGACCAGCGCACGCUCCCGGACCGACAGCAAGACCCGCCUCCCGGUCAACCUGCUCAGCAUCUCCCCCUGGGCCUACAGGAUCUCAUACGACCCGAGCCGGUAUCCCCGCUACAUCCCCGAGGCCUACUGCCUGUGUAAGGGCUGUCUGAUGGGACCGUACGGGGGGGAGAGCGACCUGUACCGCAGCACUCCGGUCUACGCUCCCUCUGUGAUCCUGAAGAGAAGCGGCUCCUCCUGCGUCGCUGGCCGAUACUCAUACACAGAGAUCUACGUCUCCAUCGCCGUGGGGUGCACCUGUGUGCCGCUGCUGGAGAAGGAGCGGGACGGCCAGACCGGCAACCAGAGCCUGGAGAGAGCGGGGCCCAAAGCCAGACGGCUCGUCUCUGCGGGAAAGAGGGUAUGAAGGGCGCAGGACUGUCUGUGCUACCCCAGAUACAGGUUUCUACACCGGAUUAUUACGUUUUUACUCACUCAAUCUGUUCUACUGUGAAGUAGGAUCCCCUGUGACUGUCCCUAAACAACACAUUGAAGAUUUGGAUUGUGAAGUUGCUCCUGCAGACUGAUCUACAGCAUCUGGAAGCAAAUGAGGACCGUUUGUUGUCUGGCUUGUUUACUCUGGAUCUGAACCUGGAACUGAGCUGGACUUCAUAAAGAAGUUGUAAAAUGAUACAAAAUCCAAAGCAGCAAAUACUGGAUCUGCAGCUGUCCUGUAACAGGCCUACAGAUCCAGAGAAGACUACAUGGGACUCUGAGUACACUUUAACAUUUGAAGGGUUGGUUCAGCCAAGAUACAGAAAACUUCAUUUCAUUUACCUUCUGGAUGCAGCCACGCAGAUAGUUUGGGUUUUAUUGGCUCUUUUGAGAAAUUCAUCAGAUUUCAGCCACACAAACAGAAUCAGAUUGUGAUUCACACUGUGCUGGGGUGGAGGCAGGACUCUCAACACCUGGCCGAAAACACCACAACCAUGGACACAUAGCACUAGAAAUACACCAGAACAUGUUUAUGUCUAUAUCAUUGGCUGGACCAACCCUUUGGAAAAAAGCAAAUACUGACCAAUGGAAUAAAAGGCCUCAUUACUAUCAAUAACCUGAUCAGCGCUGCCACCUACUGAUUGCAAGUUGUGGCUGUGAUCAGCAGGAGAACCCUGACAUUACAUUCACUGUUAUUCUGACACAUUUCUACAACAACUUGUCAUCAACAAGAAAUAUUUUGGGUCCGUUUGUAUAAAGUUAGCUCACCUCAGUCUCAUUUGCAUUUUCAGGAUACAGGACAGACAUAACAGCUGUGGUUUCAACCGCUGUCAUCAUCACAUAAGUAAAAAAGUUAAGAGAAUAAACACACCUGCUGCAUAAAA